AUGAAGCCACAAUCCACUCCCAUGCAGCCUGUCGGUCAUCGAUUGAUAGGUUAUCCACCGGAUCGACGUGAAGACUGUGUCCGACGUAUUACCGAGCGAAGCCGUGGAGUUGUCUCUUUCCACCCUGUCGGCAAUAUGUAUGCAACCUGUCUGUAUUACUACACCGUGCUAUAUCAGAACUGGGAUAUCGCUGAUCGACGGUUCUGGAUCGCAUGGCACUGGGACUAUGGAAACGGUCGCACGGGUGGUUUGGAUCUAAACUAA